CUGCUCUACAGUGGUAAGUAGCCCGUAUAUAUAGCCCUGAACCCCCUAAAUCACAUGCACUAAACCCGUAUGCAAGCUGAACCGAUUCUAGCUAUACAGGGUAUUCCAGCUGUACAGGGUAUUCCAGCUGGACAGGGUAUUCCAGCUGGACAGGGUAUUCCAGCUGGACAGGGUAUUAAGCUAGUGCACAGCCCCAUGGCGUUCGGUUCCAGGGCUUACUAAGCCUAUUAGGGGCCUCAGGCCCCUAAUUUCAACGAACAGACAACCAAAGGCGGAAGGAGAAA